AUGCCCCGCUGCGUCAUCUCCCGGGCCCCCAAGUGCCCUAAGGUUGGGCGAGGCGUCAACACCACCAAGGCUUCCAAUACAGCCAAAGUCCCCAAGGUCAACAAGGUCAACAAGAUCACCAAGGUCUCCAAGAAGGUCUCCAAAGACAAUGGCAAGGGCAAGGGCUGCAAAAGCGCCAGGGCAAAGAAGCUACCAAGUACUACUCGCCCACCGAGGGAACAUGCACGCCAGACAUUCCCCCUGUCCAACGUGCGUGGGUGCCCACACGCAGAACACGACGCAGAGCACUCAGAAGACGCAGAGCACGCAGGACACGCAGGACACGCAGACGCCGCGACUAUCGCGCCAGCGCCUCGCCCGGAUCCGCCUGCAACACCUCCGGGCAGCAGACGGAGCAACAUUGCCAGCAAAAUCAAGCGUCUCCGCAUGGCCCCCGAUCAUCUUUUGCAAUUCCCCCAGGUCAAUCAUCGCUAUCUGAGCGCCCAAGGAAGGAUCCUGUUUGACAAUCGCUACGAAGUGCCCCUCUCCCCUCCCGCAGACUCCCCCAAAAGGCUCCCUAGACACACAAAGGCGGCUCCCAAAGCCACACACGCCGUCGCCCAAGCAGGGAGCGAGGACGCCUUUCACAGCAAACCCAUGAUCAAUCUCCCCGUGCCCGAUCACAUCCAGGCCAUGCUCGUCGACGACUGGGAGAACAUUACAAAAAACAACCAGCUUGUGCCUCUCCCGCACCCGAAGCCCGUCACCCGAAUCCUCGAGGACUACCUCUCAUUUGAGCGGCCCCAUCGGGAAGAGGGAUCUGCCAGCAUGGAUAUUUUGGACGAAGUUGUUGCUGGGUUCCGGGAGUACUUCGAAAAAGCACUCAGCAGAAUCCUAUUGUAUCGCUUUGAGCGCCACCAGUACAUGGACCUUCGUAAACUAUGGGACAAUGUAGAAUCCACCAAGUACAAAAGUGUCUGCGAUGUCUACGGCGCCGAGCACUUAUCCCGCCUACUUGUUUCCCUGCCGGAGCUUCUAGCCCAAACAAACAUGGACCAACAGUCCGUUUCCCGCCUGAGAGAGGAAAUCGGCAAAUUUACAGUUUGGCUAGGCCGGCACUGCGAGACAUACUUUGUGAAUGAGUACGAGACCCCGUCGCAGGAGUACGUAGACAAGGCGAGAAGCUUUUAA